AUGCCUGAAGAUGAAGCGUCCGUCCUGUUCGGACCCCUAAGUCCAGGAGCAAGCAGAGAUGAAGAAACAGAUUCAGGGUUGUUUUCGAGCAUGCCGUUCAGAAUGGUAGCUCUGGCUUGCACGUGUGUGGCUAUACUGAUUGCGUUCCGCCACAUGAUGAUGCAUCUGCGAUACUACACAGAGCCUACUCACCAAAGAUACAUAAUAAGAAUCAUCUUCAUGGUCCCUGUGUAUGCUGCCAUGUCGUAUGGUGCUCUGGUGGCCAGUGACUACGCCAUGUAUUUCAAGACUGUCCGUGACAUGUACGAAGCGUGGGUCAUCUACAACUUCCUGUCUCUCUGCCUGGCGUGGGUGGGCGGGCCAGGUGCAGUGGCCAUCAGCCUCACAGGGCGCGUUCUCAAGCCGUCCACGCUGCUACUCACAUGCUGGCUACCACCCAUUCCACUGGAUGGGCACUUCAUCCGCCACUGCAAGCGUGGCUGCCUGCAGUUUGUCUUCAUCAAGCCGCUUCUCGCAGCGCUCUGCCUCGCCCUCUACAGCGCCGGCCGCUACGAGGAGGGCGUGUUCGCUCUCACCAACGGGUACCCCUAUGUGACGUGUGUGUACAUGGUGUCGUACUCCCUCGCCGUGUACGCGCUGCUCUUCUUCUACUUUGGCUGUCACGACCUGCUGCGCUCCUUCAACCCCAUCCCCAAGUUCAUCAUGAUCAAGCUCGUCGUCGUCCUCACCUACUGGCAGGGCAUAGUGGUGUUUGUGGCGGGCCAUCUGGGACUUGUGCGCUCCUCCAGCGAUGCAGCAGACCUGCAGUCUCUGCUGCUGUGCUGCGAGAUGGCCCUCGCUGCAGGGGGCUUCGCGUGGGCCUUCCCCGUCACACCCUUCGCUGCCGCCAGCAUGGGGGGCGGUGGCGGGGGGAUAGUGGAGGAGGUGGGGGGGUUCUUUCAGAGGCUCAGGCAUGCAGCAGCUGUGGGGGAUGUGGUGGACGACACUGUUCACCAGUUCUCCCCGACCUACCAUGACUAUGUUCUGUACAGCGAUGGCUCCACACAGGCCAAGCACUUCCGCACUCGCACAUUCGUGCCCAUGGACCAUUCCCAUGGCAACUCAAUCUCCGCCUCUUCCCCUUUUUUCCUCCUCCUCCCCGGGCUCAUACUGCCACUGACAGGCAGGGAGAUGGAGGCAUACCGCAAGGACGGCAAGAUCAACUCCAUCCAAUCGCCCGACUACAUCCUCGCUCCCCCUCCUCCCCUCCACCCUUUCACCUGCAAACCCUGCGCCACCACCACCAGCAGCACCACCAGCAGCACCACCAUUACCAGCAGCACAGCUGGCAUGGCGGCUGAGACUGCACCGCACAUGCAGGCAGGUGACUCGUUCAGAACUGCUUCAGGAGACCCGCUUAGAGAAGUCACUAACAGCGUUGGAUCCAGUGGAGGAGCAACCACAGCAGCGACAGCAAUAGUAACAGUAACAGCCCCUGCGAGCAACAUGAUUUCUCAGUUACCAUCUAACACAGCACUGCUAGACUUCCUGUCUGGGAAUGGGGCGGGGGCCGAUGGCAUGGAGGCAUGCGAGGAAGCACAGCCCAGCUUGAUUUACCGGGCCAGCAUUCCCUGUGGCAGCGACCACAGCACUACCCUCUUCACCUCUCCUAGCGACCCCUUCAGCAGCACACCGACCAACCAUGGCAGCAGCUACAGCAGCAGCUAUGGGGACAUGCAGGGUGUGGCUCGUGCGGGGGAGUUGUGUGGUGAGAGCAGCAGGUGGGGCCGGGAGGGAGGGAGGAGAGCAGGGCUGUUUGACAAGCUGACUGAUGAGAACGUGUAUGGUUAUGCUGCUGAUGGUGGUGACAGUGGCAGUGGUGGUGGUGGUGUGGGUGUGAGUGGUGUGCUGACACGGGGAUCCAUGGACUUGGGGCUGGUGGUGGAUGAGGAGGACCUCAUGGAGGAAGGGGAUGCCAGGCGAGAGCUGGAAGGGGUGGUGCAGCGGUGA